AUGGCACGUUCGUGUGUGCGCGCCAGUGACGAUCUGAUUGUCCCGUCGUUAAGUCGUCAUAACCACUUAAAGCGCAUACACGGACGAAAAUAAUAAUAAUAACAAUAAUAAUAAUAGUAGUAGUAUAAUAUCGUUAAAACCGAAAUUCGAGGAUCGUCGAGUCCGUCGUCCCUCCCCCGCGCCGAAAUACCGACUUACCAAACUUUCGUGCAUUAAUAUACUUUUCGGAAAUUUCGUAAAUUAAUUUUUUUUUCGUUUUUCUCAAGUGUUUACUGACCACGGUUCGGUUUUUUUCCGUUUUUAUUAUCAAUUCGCGGGACGUAUAAAUAUAAUAUAUAUAUAUAUAUAUAUAAAGGUACAUAGUAUAUAAUAUAUAUAUAUUUAUAUUAUCGUCGGUCGUCGUUAAAAUUUUAUACUCCGCUCGUAAAAACCGCGGGCCCGCGCUCGAGUUUUACGACCCGUCCGGAUAUACGACGACGACGACGACGUCGGCGAGAUGACCCUUUUUACGACAAAUUAAACGGUUCGUAAAGCCGACAAAAAGUGUUUUCGUAUAAUAUAAAGUGUGUGUGUAUAUGUGUGUGUGUGUGCGCGCGUGCCAGCGUGAGACCCGACCCGAGCUAUGAGAUCUUGACGAAAUAUAAUCGUAUUUAUAUGUUCGUAAAUGUAUCGUUGACUGCGCUAUAAUAAGAAGAAAAAAUUUUCUGACGUGAAAGAAAAAAAUCGCGUCUUUCCUCCACGUGCAGCAGCCACCGAGUGUGAGCAAACAAAAAAUCAACGAAAAUUUACGUCGCGUAAGACAUACAAUCAUAGUCGCCGAACUGCAGUAAUACUGCCGCAGCCGUAAGAUGAAUUCGUACUUCGAGCAGAGCGGUUUCUACGGUGGACAUCACCACCACCAGUCGUCUUCGGCGCACCACCACGACCAGAACGCCGUGGCGGCCGCGUACCGGUUCCCCAUCGGUUUGGGCAUGUCGCCCUACGCUUCGUCACAGCAUCAUCACCAUCACGGGCUAUCGCAGUCCAGGGCCCCGCAGGACAGCCCGUACGACGCGUCCGUGGCCGCGGCCGCGUGCAAGCUGUACGGCUCCAGCGGCGGUGGCGGCGGUGGUGUCGGCGGUGGCGGAGGCGGUGGUGGAGGUGGCGGCUCGGGAGGCGGUGGCGGCAGCGAUCAGUCGUCCGCGGCCGCCGUGGCCGCGGCCGGACUCAACUACACGAAGACCGAGCCAUGCGUCGGCAAAUCGGACGCCGCGGCCGCGGCCCACCAGAACGGUUACGCGUCGUCGCCCAAGGACGUGGUGUGGCCCGGCAACGCGGCUUCCGCGGCCGCCAACGGGUCGCUGCUCCGGCCCAACGUGUGCACGCCCGAAUCCCGCGUCGGCUACGGAUCCGGCAACAGCGUGUCCGGACUGGACGGCGCCGGCGCCAGCCCGAACUCGGCCCGCAACUCGGCCGGCUCGCUGUCCGCUUCGUGGAACACAUGCACCGGUAUCAACAACAACGGUCACCAGCAACAGGCCCUGCAGCUCAACCAGCAACAGAACAACCAUACGUUCUACCCGUGGAUGGCCAUUGCAGGUCAGUCUCUAGGAGCAAACGGACUCAGACGCCGUGGUCGACAGACGUACACCAGAUACCAGACCCUAGAGCUGGAAAAAGAGUUCCACACCAACCACUACCUGACUCGCCGGAGGCGGAUAGAGAUGGCGCAUGCGCUGUGCCUCACAGAAAGGCAAAUAAAGAUAUGGUUCCAAAACAGGCGGAUGAAACUGAAAAAAGAGAUACAGGCCAUCAAGGAGCUGAACGAGCAGGAGAAACAGGCGCAGGCGCAGAAGGCCGCCGUGCUGGCAGCCGCUCAGGCCGCCGGUGAUCGCUAAAAGAAAAACGGAUAACAUUUUUUUUUUAAAACAACCACCCCCGACCUAUUAUAUACGAGUUAUCAUUAAUUUUCCUUAUCGUUUUAUUAUUUUUAUUUUAUUUUUUACCCCCUUCGUCGCCAUAUUUUUUUAACGUUUUUAUUUUUGUACAUACAAUUUGUAAUUUUCGUUUUUUUUUUUUAUACCCAUGCAACCUUAUAUUAUUAUUGUAUUAUAUACUAUUGUCGCGCGCGCGACCGUCGUGUUUGUUUCUAGUUGUGUUCAAUAUAUAAUAUUGUAUAUUAUCCCCUAUAUUAUUAUAUAAAAUAAUGUAUUCAUAUAAGGAUUAUGUCGCUUUUUUCAUUAUAUAUAAUAUAU